AUGUCUACUCUCAAACCGUUCAGCGGAGCUGAAAGAAAACUGGUCCUUGCGUUCGACGUGGGGACCACCUUUAGCGGGGUGGCAUAUGCACUUCUCGACCCUGGCCAAGCGCCUACAAUCCAAAGCGUGACCCGGUUCCCCGGGCAAGAAAACGCCGCUGGAAACUCCAAGAUACCAUCCGUGCUAUACUACGAUGCAAGUGGAUCCAUGCGCGCUGCUGGUGCGGAGGCAAUUUCUCCUGCUAUGGAACUGGAAGCCGACGAAAAUAGUUACAUAUUUGUUGAAUGGUUCAAGUUACAUUUACGACCCGAGUCUGUGGAUGACGACUCCUUCAAGAACACUGAUAUACCCCCGCUGCCACCGGGGAAGACGGUGAUCGACGUCUUCUCUCAAUUCCUUCAGUACCUUUACAACUGUGCGAAACAAUACAUUGUGGAGACGCACGCAAACGGCGAUAGAGUUUGGGAUUCUCUGGGAGACAGGAUUGAUAUUGUACUCAGUCAUCCUAACGGUUGGGAGGGCCUGCAGCAGAGCAAAAUGCGAACGGCAGCAUGUCGUGCUGGUCUUGUCCCGAACACUCUUGCUGGACGGGCUCGCAUACACUUUGUGACUGAAGGGGAGGCAAGCUUGUACUAUUGCGUACAGAACGGGCUAGUUGCCGACUCGAUGCAGAGCGGGGAAAGCGUGAUGGUUGUCGAUGCCGGUGGCGGCACCGUCGAUAUCAGCACAUAUAAGUUUGUGAGUGUCAGUCCUAUCACGGCAGAGGAAGCAGCUCCACCGGACUGCUUAAUGCAAGGCUCCACUACGGUGAACGUCAGGGCCUCCAAGCUCUUGACAGACAAGUUGUCGAAUUCACGAUAUAGCAACGAUGUAGCUUCGAUGCUCGAAUACUUCGAUAAACAUACAAAGCAAAUAUUCAAGAACUCAAAUGAACCAUCGUAUAUCAAAUUCGGCUCCAUGGGCUGCAAUGAUGUCUCGGCUGGAAUUCGUCGUGGACAACUUGUCCUUAGCGGGUCUGAGGUAGCAUAUCUUUUUGAACCUUCUGCUUUCGCGAUUGUACAAGCAGUUCAACGUCAGCGACAGCUGUCUCCGCCAUCAUUGCAGACCGUGUUCCUUGUUGGUGGCUUCGCCGCAAGCCCAUGGCUGUUUUAUCAGCUACAGGAACGUCUAAAGACCCUCGGGCUGCAGCUUACCAGACCCGACCGCCACACAAGCAAGGCGGUCUCCGAGGGCGCAGUCGCCUUCCAUUUGGAGCGCUGGGUGUCAGCGCGCAAGGCGAGAGUAACAUACGGGGUGACAUGCUGUCGGCAAUACGACAACCUGAACGAAGAGCACAGACAUCGGCAUCCAAAGACCAAAGUGUGGCCGUCAGGGUUGUGCAUGGUGCCAGAUGGCUAUCUGACGUUGCUGUCGAGGGGAAGCCAAGUCCACGGGAAUCAUGAGGUAUAUCGCGACAUGUUCGUGGAGUCACGCAAGAAGGCGGAUCUGAAGACUGUGAAGUCGAUCGUUACAUGCUACCGGGGCAAACUUGCGAACCCGAACUGGACCGAUGUCGAACCAGAGAUGUUCUCCACGCUAUGCACUGUGCAUGCGGACACAUCUCGCGUGCAAAAGGUGAAGAAGAAGGGUCCGAAGGGGCCCUACUUCACGCAGACGUACAGGGUGGUGCUGCUCUGCGGGCUCACGGAGCUUAAGGCCCAAAUUUCGUGGAUAGAAAAUGUGAGCCUACGAUCUGUCUCCGCUGCUGAUGCCUGA